CGGUCGAGUUGUGUGGCAACUGAUCGGCACUUGUCGCCUCACACGUGUUGCGUUCCACUUGCGCUGCGCGAUUUCUUCGCACCCGCGGACACCGUGGCGUAUACGUUACGUAUUGUGGUGCAGCCAAAAGCUGAAUAGUAUUUGUAAUUAUGUGAGUCGUGAGUGGGAAAUGAAAAAUAUAAAUUCAGUUUCAAGCUCAACUAGUGAUUUAACUGAAAAUAACGGAAAAUAUAAAUAAGAGAACGUGUUGGGCAAAGAAUGUUGCAUAGUGUGAAAAGUUUUGCUAGAAGGCGGAACAUCAUCAAUGUGAGUGCUGCGGAUUGUGUGCUCUGCGACUAGAGCUCCGCGCCGCUUGGGGGCAAUGAAAUCACGGAAGCUGCCAAAAGGCUUCGUGCUUUGUGGCCUCAACUGUCUAACGUUCGUCUACUUUCCGCUCGUCCUGCCCAUCCUGCGAUGCUCUGCCGGAGCAACGCCGGCGGCCAGCGGUGGGUCAAAAACCGGCGACGACUUCGACUUCCGGAUGCAGCGGGUGCGGAAUGUACUCAAGGAGGUGCCGCUGAUCGACGGGCACAACGACCUGCCCUGGAACAUACGCAAGUUCCUAAAGAACCAGCUCAAGGACUUUCACUUUGGGGGCGAUUUACGGGAACUGGCUCCAUGGUCCUCGAGUGCCUGGAGCCACACAGAUCUGCGCCGACUGAAAGAGGGUAUGGUCUCCGCCCAGUUUUGGUCCGCCUACGCUCCAUGCUCGUCCCAGCACCUGGAUGCCGUGCAACUGACCCUGGAGCAGAUCGAUCUGAUCCGCCGACUCGUCCAGCUCUAUCCACACCACAUGGCCCUGGUAACAACGGCCUCUGGCAUCGAGCAGACACACAGGAUCGGGAAGAUAGCCAGCUUAAUUGGGGUGGAAGGUGGCCAUGCCAUCGGAACCAGUCUCAGUGUCCUGCGAAUGUUCUACCAACUGGGUGCCCGAUACCUAACUCUCACCCACACCUGCAAUACACCAUGGGCGGACUGCUGCAAAGUUGACGAACCGGGAAAGUAUCCGCACAUAGGCGGUCUCUCGCAGUUCGGAAAGCUGGUAGUCAAGGAGAUGAACCGACUGGGUAUGAUUGUUGAUCUGUCACAUGUUUCGGUGCCCACAAUGCUGGAUGCCCUGGCCGCCUCACGGGCUCCCCUUAUAUUCUCGCACUCCUCGGCACACGCCAUCUGCAACAGCAGCCGCAACGUACCCGAUCAUGUCCUGCAACGCAUUGCAAUAAACGGCGGACUGGUGAUGGUUGCCUUUUACCCGCAUUUCGUCAGCUGCUCGGGACAGGCAACAUUGCACGAUGUCGUGGCGCAUAUCAACCACAUAAGGGAGGUGGCAGGCAUCGAUCAUGUUGGCAUUGGAGCUGGCUACGACGGAGUCAACUUAGUGCCCAAAGGACUGGAGGAUGUGUCCAAAUAUCCGCAUCUUUUUGCUGCCCUGCUCGAGUCUGAUAAAUGGUCGGAGGAGGAUAUUGCCAAGUUGGCUGGCAAGAAUCUAAUACGUGUAUUCAAGGAAGUCGAAGCGGUACGCGAUCAGAUGGAACUGCUGCGAGUGCCACCCAUUGAUCAGUCAAUUCCAGCCGAAGACAUUAUGGGCAGAUCCUAUUGUCGUUAUCAAGGACCAAGAACGUGAUAAUUUCUUCAUCAGUAAACUUCAUCCCGAUAUACCCCAGCUCCCACGCACAUACAUAUGUACGUAUGCAUACAGUUUCAUUCAACGGAGUCCCGUGGCGAGAAUGGGAAAAAAUUAUGUCAAGCGUACGUGUAAAGUGAAACUUGUUUUAGGUUAAUUGACAAAGUUUUCCAGCUCUUGUUCUUGUUGUUGAUGCUGCCGUGUAUUGUUUGCCAGUGUGGGUAUGUGUGUGGAUGCCUGAGUGUGUAUAAACAUGACGGUGCAAACAUAUAUCCAUAUCCACACACACAUGCCACACUUGCAAAAACGCAGACAUUUUUCAAUCGCUCAGAGCCGAGAAGCUGACCAGCUGCUGUUUUCUGCUUCCAGACAACUUUGUGCGCAGCUGGCAGCGCCCAUAAACAAAUACAAAGUGGCAAGCUAGGAGACCGCCACGCCCCCAAAAACCCUCCACCAUCAUCGCCCAUCAACCCAUC